UCAGACACACAGAGUGAUUCUCUUCUCAAAGUCACACUACUGCAGCAGAGUACAGGACAGAGCAUAUGGAGACUAAUGGCAGAGAAACACUGCAGGCAGACUUUGAUACAUUCGAUAUUUCUGAGGAGCUGGGAUUUCUCCUUGAGGACCCACUGACUAACCUUCCAGACUAUUAUCGGGUGUGGUUGGACCUGGCAUAUAAUCUCACACAUCUGAUAGAAUCACGUAAACUACAGGAUCUUGUUCACAAGAUGCCGGUCUUGAGUCCCCAUCUCUUGAGCAACCAUCGGGAGCUGAGGCUGGCUCACCUAGCGCUGGGAUUCAUCAGCAUGGGAUAUGUAUGGCAAGAAGGACAACGUGCACCUGCUCAGAUUCUUCCCAAAGCCCUCGCCUGGCCCUAUUGGCUGGUGUCUCGCAGGCUCGGCCUUCCACCCAUCCUGACUUAUGCAGAUUCAGUUUUAGCCAACUGGAAAUUAAAGGAUCGCACAGGGGAUAUGAACAUUGGGAACAUGGACUUGAUAUUUUCCUUUCCUGGUGGUGAGAGUUGCAGGGGGUUUUUCAUAGUGUCAUUGUUGGUCGAGAUGGCCGCCAGUUCAGGCAUAACGGGGGCUCUGGAGGUGAUGCAUGCUAUGAAAAUCUCGGACCUCAUCGGCAUACGGAAGGGUCUCGUCAAAGUAACUCAGUCUUUGAAGAAGAUGAAGGAAACUUUCAAACUCAUGCAUAGUCAUGUGGAUCCAACUGCGUUUCAUGGAACACUGAGAAUUUUUGUCUCAGGGUGGCGAGACAACCCCAUGCUUCCAAGGGGGCUGCUGUAUGAAGGCGUGAGCAACGAGCCAAUUUUGUUAUCAGGAGGAAGUGCAGCCCAGAGUUCAGCCAUUCAGUGCUUUGAUGCUUUGCUGUGCAUCCAGCAUGAGGAUGAGACAGGAGCCUUCCUGACACGCAUGAGGGAUUACAUGCCUCCAGCCCACCGUCAGCUGGUCGAAACACUGUCUGUCGGUCCAUCUCUGCGAGACUUCAUCCUGUCCCACCCCGGCUCUGAUCUCGGCCAGGCCUACAACUCCUGUGUCUCGGCGCUGGUGGAUUUACGGAACUAUCACCUCAAUACUGUGACCAAGUACGUCAUUGUGCCCGGCAAUCAUGCCCGCGCCAUGGGCUGCCCGUUCAGAGGUGUGGGCACUGCGCUGAACACCACGGGGACCGGUGGAUCCAGCCUAAUGGUCUUCCUCAAGAGUGUUCGUAACAACACCAAAAAAACACUGAUUUCAGAGAGGGUGUCAAGAGAAACUGAAAUAUGAUUUUUAUAUUUUUGUCCGACACCUUUCUAUGCACUACACUCCUUACAGAAAAAUAAUUCCAGAAUUAUAUUUGCCCUUAUUAGAACUAGAAGGGUCAAUGAACUGUUUCAGCAGUACAUUUUACUGUACUGUAUGGCUUGAUAAAUGUUUACGGUACUCGUAACCAUGAUUCUUAGUAAAAUCCCAAAGGAAGAGCAACUCAGCACCAGCUGGAAAUGUUUUUGCUGACCUCCAGUAGUUUAACUUUUCAUUUUGCUGCAGGGAUGUAGAGGUGUAUCAAGGGUGUAGCCCAGUCUCAAGCCGGGUUGUGUAAUAGACGCAUCCGUCCACAAGAGGAUAGUGUGUCAGUGUGACGGUUUACCUCGCCUAACAGUAAAGGCACGCAUAAAGGUGCAGUACCAGCAGGGGGCGAUAAUGAUGGGAGCGAAGGACAAAUGCAGCAUUAAAGUUGGCCUAGGGGAGGAGGUGGAGUGGUUGGUCACGCAUGCACUGCUUUCACACGGUUGUAACCAAUAAUCAGCGCUGAUUGUUAUGAGGAAGUGGUUACUUUACGCGAAUGGUCUUUUCCUGAACCGAAUCAAGUAAUUUUGGUGCUUCAGCCUCACCAAACUGCAACCGUCACUUGAAAUGUUUCUCAGCAAGCUUUAUUUCAGUGUAACCAGACUUUGAGUAUUUAUUGUUGUUAACUUGACCGUAGAAUGAGAAGGUGUUAGUUUCACGCUGGACCGGCGGGUGUGUUACAUGCUUUGGUUGCGGGGUGUGUUCAGCACACCAUGGCGUCACUGUUAGGUGUGGUCAAACUUUGUGCAACGCAGCUUUACAGCUGGGUUUUAUUUACAGGAACUGUACUUUACUUGACUUUCUUGACAAUGACUACAGACAAACUUUGGGGGUCGGGGUAAACCAAAAGAGACACUAAAUGGAAAGUAUAUCAAGAUAAAUGUUUGACUCACUAUCUCAAACCAAAAAUUUAAAUUUUAAGGUAUUCUCUUCGUAUUGGCGGAAAUGGGCUUCCAUACCACACAGUUCUUGAUAUCAUUAAUUAAGCUGCAUUUUACUUUGACAUAAUUCUUGAUUUGAUUGUAAAACGUUUACAGACAUACAAUAGAGGGACUGUGUUUAAUGCUGCAUUUUAUUUGUAGUCAUGAAAUAAUGCAUAUUUUGUAAAGCCCAAAUGUGUCUGUACACCCUUGAAUCUUAUCAUCAUUUUUGAGAGAAAUUACUUCAAUUACAUUUUGAAAAUAUUUGAAGUAAUAUUUAUACAAAUAUUCUCAUCAGUUGCUACAGUGCCUGACGUUGUUUUUGACCUGUUUUACUAAACUAUUUGUUUUAUGGAAAAAUGUGGAUAUACAUAUAAUGAUACAAUAAUGCGAGAACUACUUUUGAUCAAUAAACUAAUUUUGUCUACAGAAAUUGAAAAUGAGGACUCCUACGUGCCCGAGAGUACGGAGCAGAUGGCAGAGGAGGGAGAUAACUGUAGAGGGACCCAUGAGCUGUUGAAAAAAUAGAGGAAGGAAAUGCUGUAGGAACCAAACGAUAAAGGACACUGGUAAAAUAAAAGAAAAAAGCAAAUCAGCUGAGGAGAAUGAAAGAGGCAGACACAGUGGGGGUUGGCGGGGCAGAGGGGUGGAUGUGUGGGAUCAGGUCGCUCAGUUUGAUGGACUUGAACGCCCACUCGCCUCCUGGUCUUGACUUGAAAGUUGUGUCUCUUCUUGCGAUUGAGGUCUAAUCACAUUAGAAAAGAGGAGAAGGGGCUCAGCUGCACUGCUGCUGAGCCCUGUUCAAGGUCCAACUCUUCUUCACUAAAGCACAAAAGAUCAGACGCGGACUGUUCGACACCGGGUGAAUGCGGCUCUAGCUGUAACUACACCCAGUAGUGUUGUAGUUGCCUGCUGUCACAUAGAGCUGGGAAGUGGACGGGACAACUGGCUCUGAAAGUGUUUUAACCCAUUAUAGACUUUCCUGGAUAAUGACACAAUCAGGGAGGUUUAUGUUAUGGCCAUCAGCUUCUGCAAAAUAAUGUUUUGUCCAUCAUUUUGGCAUCUGGAACGGCUCUAAAUUCUACAAUAUCCAUGAGCCCCAGCUAUAUUAUAUGCCAGGGGUGUGAGCCAGAAUGGUGGAGAAUUUGCUGCUGCAGCCAUAGUUGCUCUAUUCAACCAAAAGUGGCACAACAAAUGUCACGGUAAAAUAGUAAAAUUCUCAACAGCAUAAUCUUUAGCUUUUGCCAGCUGUUAGCGAAGCACAUGCAAUUUUCCUUCUUGGGAGUCAGGGCUAACUUCUCUCCUGAACUUUUUAUGUACACAUACAUGUACCAUCAUUUUUUUUCUUAAAUCAAAGAAAUUGAUUUUUUCUGAUGUGGUUGUUUUGUCUUUUGGACAGAUGAUUUAACCUGUAGAGCUUCAUGCCAAUUGAAGCUGUAAAAGUGCUCCAACUGUGAGUCAGGUAACAUUGUCUAUGGGAAAAAUUAAUCGAACUUUUGCUUGUGGAACCAGAAGGUCCCCAUAUACAAAAAUGAUUCCAAAAAAGUUGGGACGCUGUAUAAAAUGUGAAUAAAAACCGGAAUGCAAUCAUUUGCAAAUUAACUGUGUUCACCGACAAUGGUUUUGCAGUGUUCCUGAGCCCAUGUAGUAACAUCCUUUAUGCAAUCACAAAGUGGUG